CGCAGGCGCCCCGCGGGCGGCCCGAGCGGGCUGCCCCGCCUCAGCACGCAGGAGGCCAGCGGCUGUUGCUAAGUGACGUCAAGGCGCCCGGUGGCGUCACGACGGCGGCGGGGUGGAGGCCCGCUCGGUGCCGGGGCCGAAAUAUGGUAUUCAGCUGGAUGUUACUGAACAGCAUUUCUAUCAGCUUGGUGUUCAAUCUAUCAGUUGUUCAGAAUGGCAAAGAACCCUAAUUUUCAGGAAGUUGGUCAUUUGCCAACAGGCUACGUCCACUGUAGAUCUUCAGAAACCUUUACUGGCUACCAAUAUCCCCAUCCCUCAAAGAUGAGUAACAGCCAUCCACUUCGUCCUUACACAGCUGUGGGUGAGAUUGACCAUGUUCACAUUCUGUCAGAGCAUAUCGGUGCUCUGAUGAAUGGGGAAGAAUAUAGCGAUGUUACCUUUAUAGUGGAAAAGAAACGUUUUCCGGCACACAGAGUGAUCCUGGCUGCUAGGUGCCAUUAUUUCAGAGCAUUAUUGUAUGGUGGAAUGAGAGAAUCUCAGCCUGAAGCAGAAAUUCCUCUUCAGGACACCACUGCAGAAGCAUUUACCAUGCUGUUGAAGUAUAUUUACACUGGUCGUGCUACACUACGAGACGAGAAAGAGGAAGUCCUCCUAGACUUCCUAAGCCUGGCACAUAAAUAUGGGUUUCCAGAACUGGAGGAUUCCACAUCUGAGUAUCUUUGCACCAUACUUAAUAUUCAGAAUGUCUGUAUGACAUUUGAUGUUGCCAGUCUUUAUUCCCUUCCAAAGUUAACUUUUAUGUGCUGUAUGUUCAUGGAUAGAAAUGCCCAGGAGGUGCUCUCCAGUGAAGGCUUCCUGUCACUUUCUAAGGCUGCUCUUCUAAGUAUUGUAUUGAGGGACUCUUUUGCAGCUCCUGAGAAGGAUAUUUUCCAAGCCUUGAUGAAUUGGUGUAAACAUAACCCCAAGGAAAACCAUGCUGAAAUUAUGCAAGCCGUGCGUUUGCCACUAAUGAGUCUAACAGAACUGCUAAAUGUUGUAAGACCUUCUGGACUGUUGUCACCAGAUGCCAUCUUAGAUGCCAUUAAGAUUCGUUCUGAGAGUCGGGACAUGGACCUCAACUACAGGGGCAUGUUAAUACCAGGAGAAAAUAUUGCAACAAUGAAGUAUGGAGCCCAGGUUGUAAAAGGAGAGCUGAAGUCUGCUUUAUUAGAUGGGGACACUCAGAACUAUGACUUGGAUCAUGGCUUUUCUCGACACCCAAUCGAUGAUGACUGCCGUUCUGGUAUUGAAAUUAAACUGGGCCAGCCAUCAAUAAUCAACCACAUACGAAUACUCCUGUGGGACAGAGAUAGUCGGUCUUAUUCGUACUACAUUGAAGUGUCCAUGGACGAGUUAGACUGGAUUCGAGUUAUCGAUCACUCUAAAUACCUCUGUCGGUCCUGGCAGAGCCUAUAUUUUCCUGCCCGUGUCUGCAGGUAUAUUCGCAUUGUUGGGACCCACAACACAGUGAACAAAGUUUUCCACAUUGUUGCAUUUGAAUGCAUGUUUACCAACAAAUCCUUUACUCUUGAGAAGGGUCUGAUAGUUCCUGCUGAAAAUGUUGCAACAAUUGCAGAUUGUGCCAGCGUGAUUGAGGGUGUAAGUCGAAGUCGCAAUGCCUUGUUGAAUGGAGACACAAAAAACUAUGAUUGGGAUUCUGGGUACACAUGCCAUCAGCUUGGGAGUGGAGCUAUUGUAGUACAGCUAGCACAGCCCUACAUGAUUGGAUCAAUACGGUUGCUACUUUGGGACUGUGACGAUCGGAGUUACAGCUACUACAUUGAGGUCUCAACAAAUCAGCAGCAAUGGACUAUGGUGACUGAUCGCACAAAAAUUUCCUGCAAAUCCUGGCAAACAAUCACUUUUGAUAAACAGCCUGCAUCUUUUAUCAGAAUAGUUGGAACUCACAACACAGCUAAUGAGGUUUUUCACUGUGUGCAUUUUGAGUGCCCAGCACAAAACGGUACCCACAAGGAUGAGGGUUGUAAGGAAGUGGCAACAACAGAGGUGGGGAGUGGUGGACAACAGCUUGUUUCUCGCCCUGUUCGAGCUGCAAGCACUAGUUCCCUGCAUUCCCCUCCUGGAUCCACCUCGCGUUCACAUGCUCACCAACCAUAAAGGAGGCUGAAAGGGAGCUUUUGCAGCCCCAUUGACAUUAUAUAAAAUCAUUCAGAAUUUUCUUGUGCUGGUACCUUUUCUUUCUUUUUCUCUGUGAACAAAGGGGACCAUGUCUGAAAGAUGGAAAUGCUGAAAUGGCAAAGGCUUUUCCCAAGGGCAUGAAGAGACUGCUUCACUCCUCAAUUUGUUCAAAUCAGGCUGGUCUUCAAGGGGGGAGAAAAUAGGUCUUCAAUCUUCAUCAAGUACCCCACUAACACCUACCUCUCUAAUCUAACCAAGGCAAGGAGAACAGAAGGAAAAAAAAAAAAAGGCAGAGUUACAGUGAAAAUCUAAAAUGACAUGAGCAGAAUGGAAGGCAUAUGAAACGAAUAUUUAUACCCUGAAGGCUUCCAUUAGCAAAGAAAAUGUUUAAGAAACACAUCAGUACAGAACACGUUAUUUUUAAAAGUUAUUCUUCAUUCAUAUUUCUUUUUAUCAUGUAAUCUCUUUUUUAAAUUGUUUUAACUCUGUAUCCCACUUUCUCUUAUUUUUGGCUGUAGCAAAUGCUGUGCAGUAGAUUAAGGAAGUAUCAAAUAUGUUUACCUGCUGAGAUGCAAAUUCCCUCAUUCAUCAGUGGGAUGACAAGAAAAGCCUUCAUGAUAUCAACAAACUAAUUAAUGGAUGCUAUGUUAAUCUUGACCUUAGUUAACUUUUCGAAGUACAAAAUUGUCAUUUCUUAUACUCAAAAAGAGAAUCCCUAAAUCAAACUUCCAUCUUGAGAAAAGCUUAUUUUUCACUCAUGAAGAUGAUUACUUAAAUUUUACUUAUGUUUCUAAGAAAACUUGCAACAGAUCAUCUUUUUUAUUUUUCUUUUUUUGCCUUAGAAAAAUGGAACUGCAUCUAGUCACUGACAAGCAGUUGUUCUGAAUACAAAAAGAAGAAUUUGAAGAAACUUAUUUGUAUCCAAGACAAAAUGCUUACUCUGGAGCUAAAAAUUUAAAGGCCUCACGUAAACUUUUCUCAUAAUCUUCAAAAAAUGUGAUGCUUUUACACAGUAUUGUAAAGGAUCUGGCUAUUACUUUACAUCACAGAAUUGAUUAUCCAUCCAUGUCCGUCUGGAUUAAAUUGUGUACUACUUUGCUUGUUCCGAGUGUUUCCGUAUUGAUGAGAACACAGCCUCUCACUCUCCAGAUCCACAUGACUUUUAGGAAGAGCUCCGUGGUGGUCUGUCAGUGUGUGAUGAAGUGUUUUUGGAUUGCGACAGUGAUGUAAUUGGCAAAAUUGUUUAGGAGGUUGUUACUCCUCACAAAGCAUAUUAUGUUGGAAAUGUCAGCUAACCAGUUUUAUGAACUUGGAAUCUCCUCUGGUGACAGAUAAGCUUGUCAGAGAAAAAGAAAGCUAGUGCAGGAUAAAUAUGGUUUUCCUUUGCAUAACCGUACUGAUAAAAUGAGUUAUAUCAAUAUAGCAAAUAGUAUGCUAAUCUGUCACACUACUUAAUUUUAAAGAAUUUCCUGACUGGUUGUGCUUAAAACAGGAAGAAAUAUAACAAACAAUAGCAAAGAAUCAGUAGAAACUUCAAAGGAGAAAUGCUUCCGCUUUCUUGUUUCCAAUAAAAAUGACUAGGCUUCAUCAAUAGUAUUACACUGUUUUUCAUUGCCAAAUUACUUUUGGGUUCAGACAUUUGCGUGCAGUCCCCUCCUUUGCCACUGCCUGUUUCUGACUUGUGAUGUCUGUGAGUGAAGAUGCAUGCGCACUGCGUUAUAUAUCACUUGUAAUACGUGCCAUGGCUGCCUCGUACAGCCCCGAGCUGUGAGGCAGGAUAUUUAUUGCUCAUGAGCCAGCACCUAGUCUUGGUUGUGAUUACCUUAUGGCCUAACAGCCUUUGGAGCAUGAAAAAAUUGAGACUAGCUACUGGGGAUGCAAUUCUUUUGUGUAAGUCCAAAAAGUUGGAUUUUUUUUUUAUUUGAGAAGUUAAAAAAGAAAAAUCCUCUAUUCUAGUUGUAAGCCAUGCUGGAACUACUGAGAUGCGUGGAGCAUGUCUUGUCUUUGGUAGAUAAGUCCUUCCUUGUCAGUGGUGGUAUUUGUUUGCAGUUUGAUCAAACAAGUUUGCUUUUCUCAAGUUGUGGGCAAGCAAAGGGCAUAACUUCCUAGCUGUUAGCCUUUAAUAGUCACUGUUAUAGGGAAUGCUUAAAAAAAAGGGGGUGGGAAGGUUUGUGCCAGCUGUUCUGAGUUUAGGUGCUCAGAGAAAGAACAGGAUUUUCAGUUUGUAAUCUUUGAUGUGCACAAUUAAUUUUUAGGAUACUAAUAAGCCUUACAGACCGUAAGCUAUUGCAAAUCCUUUUUGAUCUUGUACUAUGACUCACUGUUGAAGAGAAAUGUCUAUUUAAUUCCCAUGACAUUAGCUCUCUGCCAGGAAUCUGAAUGAACAGAUAGGAGAGAUUCCCAAAACAAAAAGAAUCAGCUCCUACAGAACUUCCAAUACCUACCCCCAAAAAUAAUUCAAAACAAAAAUCAGUUUAGCAUUGUCCCUUCAUGCAGAGAAAUCAAAAUUUUUAGUAUUAGAUAUUGUCAGUCACAUUUGGCCUUUCUUACAAUCUUUAUUUUUUUCUGUUAAAGUUUUUCUUAGAACCUGUGACUAAGUCUGAGGUGUCACAGAGCUUUCAGGCCUUUAAGGUAAGCCCUGCCACAACUUGACAAUUUCUAGUGAAUUCUUUACCUUUUUAUUCUAAGAAAUAAUGCUGAAAUGUGUAAGGGACCUGAACUCUUCGUGGUCUUCUAACAUCAUCCACCCACAAACACUCCUGAUAUUUUUAUUGCCUAGUAUAGUUUCCUGCCUUAAACAUAGUGGCAGCAAGAGAUAAUUACUAGAGGCAAAGGAAAAUACCACAUAGAACUGAUCUGUGCUUUUGUGUGAGUAUUCUCAUGCUUUCUAAUUAUUGUCUUUAUUUAUUGACUCUUAAUAUCAGAUGUAGCUCUUGUAUGUUCUUCUGAUUUUUUAAAUUUAUUUAUUAAAUUUUUUUUGCUUUCAGUGGAAGUAAGUUGUGCUGUUAUGACUUAACAUCAGGGCAUUUACAGUAUCAGGAUCUAGCAGGGUCAUGAAAUAAUAUAAUUAUUCAGAAGUGCAUGAUCGCUUAACUCAUAUUUUAUUUGCAACAGAGGUAGAGCAGAACUGACCAGUGUUCAUUAUAUUCUUGCCAGAAACUAUUUAAGAUAGAUCUCUUGUUAAUUUUCUAGGUAACAGAACUAUAUUGUCAUCAUUGAACCAUUAAUUCUAUUUACUGCUUGAGCUAUAGUUAUUGUUACCUUCAAAUUCUCCAGGCUUCUUUUUCUCUGUUUUCUUCCAUAAGUUGAAUUCAGAGUUAGAUCUAACUCACACGGAGCUCAACAAAGCUCUUUCUGAAGUCUCUUUAAUUAACCAAUUUCAAAUUAAUUAAAAUAUUUUUAUUCACAGAAAUCCAGGGCCAAAAAUCAACUUCAACAAAAAUUAACUUCAGUAUUUGUAAAACUUAUUUAUCUGGGAAAAUGAGUUUCUGAAGUGGGCAAAAAUUGCACAGCUCUGUUUUCAAGCCAUUGUCAAGCAGCUCUAAAACAAAAUUGAAUGGUAUGUUAAUAGGAAUUACACUGAGAGAAGGUAAUCCAAGACUAAUGUAAAAGAGCACAGAGGGAAGAAUCAGCAGUGUUUUUAGGGAAGGAUUUGUUCUUCAUUGCACUUUCCUUCCUUUACAUCUCCAUUUCAUGCCUUUUCCAUGCAAAUCUCUUCUGCUUAUUUAAUAUGAAAACUCAUGAAGGAGCUGAGUGUUUCUCAUCAUUGCUGAAAAGAUCAAAUGAACUUAAUGCAUCUUCAUCUCUACUAAUCAUAACAUCAAAUUAGAGAGUCUUCAGUCUGCCAUCUGACUUGGUAAGAGUCAGUUUCUGUGAAAGAAAAGAAAGGCAAUGAUAUCAGUAGUUUUUCCACUUUGUUUUCUAACCAAAUGCAUGUAACAUCUACUCAUUAUUGAGCAAUGUUUUGUACAUCUAGAAUCAGUGUGAAGAUUAGAAGGCAAAGUUAAUGCCAUUUUUGUCUGAUUGUUAUGUGUUAGCUCUGCUUAUACAGUGACGCCCACUCAGAGACACUUAAUAUGGAAUGAGAAUGUAGCUGUGUUUUAACAGAAAGCAGAAAAGCUAUAUGUUGUUUUUCUUCUAUGAACGUCUUUGUUGGCUUGUAUUUUGACAACUGUCGAUAAUACACCAUCAGACGGGCAAAUGAAUGCAUUGGUAUUUUUGUUGUUGUGGCUGGAGUAGUCAGCAAAUAUCAGAGCAAGUAAUACUUAAUGUGUUUAAGAGUAAAUGUUUAGGUUUGUAUGUCAUCAUAUCAGUUCCUAGAGGGCUAAACUAUGCUUUAAAAACAGUAACUUGUAGAUCCUAGAGGACACUUGAGGCCUGGUUCCCUUCCCCUUCUCUUAAUUAAUGAUGUAUUUAGCUCAGAAUCCUUAGUUGUCUCUGAACUGAUUGUCGUUGGUUGUGCUGGUUAAAUUACAUAUAGAAGCUCCACAAAGCUUUGUACGGGAUACAAGUAAUAGAAGUCCUGGUUCAAGGUUUUGUUGGAGUACCUAAAUAUUCAUAUGUGUGUUGAAUUGACCUUGUGGUUAACCACUUAGCUUGAAUUUAGAACAGGUUCUAAAGAUCCUAAACAAAACAAAAACCAAACAAACAAAAAGGUGUGAAAUGUUACCCAUGUGGUAUGGCAGGAUGCAGAAUCUCUUUUAUGGUUGCUUAAAAUGUGCAAAUGUCUAAGCAAGGUAUGGAUAAGCAGGUCCAAAGCUGUUUUUGCCCAGUUGUUAGGAGUUGGCAAUUUGGCUGUAGUGGGCUGUAAGUAAAAUAGACCAAACCAAACACUCAUCUCAAGGGCAGUGGUGCAGUCCCAAGAACACAGGCACAUUCCUCCUAGCUACCUGCGUGCUAUGGCCUGCAGUCUUCGCAGAGUGAGCCUCCAGGUGAGUUUUGUUAACUGCUCGAAACACACGUGCAUUCUUUUGGCCCUUUACAAGCUUUCAUUGCAAAGGAUUGACUGAGGUAGUGUAGAAGUCACACCAAUAGUCCGUGACAGAAUCUGGGCCUGUGUUUGAUUUUGAAAAUGAUUACCAGAAAAAUAGUUUUAAAAAUCAUCCUGCAACUCUUCUUAGAUAAAGAAAGCCCAAAUAAACAGCUGUAGUAUAAUGUGAGGAAACUGCAAGUAUCUGUUGUUGACUAUUAACUAAAUUAACUACUUGUAUCAGUUUUGUAAUACCAUAUGUGUUUAAUUACUGUGAUAUAUACAAAUGGUGGAAAUAAGUGAAUAAUCAGCUCUGCACUUAAGUAAUAAUAUGCCCUUGGCUUUAGACUUUAUCACCCCACCAGGACAUCAGAAUUCUUUAUUUUCCCGUUCGUUCCAACCUAAGAGAAUAGCACAGGUCAGUGUUCUGAAAGAAAAAAAUAUAAUUGAUUCAUUACAUAAAUGUUAUGGGAAUUGAAUGUACAUUAUUAUAGCUAAAUAUCUGAAUGAGUGAUGAGUUAGUCUGCCUAGGUGCAAAUCUGCCUCUCCAAUGCCUCCUGCUUCUUCAGGUGGGCCCUGGGCUUUUUUAGAGGAAGGAGAGCUGCACUGUUAGUGAAGUUUAAGUACUUUUUCUCGCUAGAACUUUUACUUAUCUGUUCUGUGUUUAGCAUCUUGGCGCAUCCAUUCUCUUUGUGCAGAUCCUCAUCCCUCAGUUAGAAGAAGGUUACCUGCUUUCUUGGGGCCUUCUGGGUUAUCCAGUGACUCCAACAGAUGCAUCACCACUACUGUCUAUGCUAAGGAGCUUACAAAAUUAACCUCUGUGCUGUUUUACAGCAAAUGCUGUUUGUCCAAACAGUAUCAAGUAAUGCCUGAAACAUCUUAAUAAGUCAGGCUGUAUUAUUGUGGAGAUGAAGGUUUGCACCUCUAAAACUCUGUGCCAUGUAAUUGGAGUGAAUACUUGCGGCUUCUUCCUGGAGAGGAAGUAGGGAAUUUGCAUGCCUUCCAGAAAUCAUUCAUUUUCCUUAUAUUUCCUCAUAUCAUCUACAUCACACAUAUGUUGUCUCUCUGCUACUGAGCUAUAAUUGCUAGGUUGAUUAUGGUCAAUUCCUAGAAUCCAAUAACUGUGUUUAAUAAUAGAUAUGAAGAAGUUUUGUCUUUAAUGAAAGGUUUUGGAUUGUGCUUUUGAAGCAUGGUCAGUCCCCUGAAUUGUUUUUUGGCAUCUUCCAUAUUUAUCUGGUGGGGCAUUUUUUUAGUUGUUUUCAGUUGCUAAAAGACUGUAGGGUUCUUCACAGGAAUUUUUCUUAAUUUUUCACACUGAGAAACCAGUUUUGAAACAAUCUCAGAGGGUUCAUUGCUGGAGCACAGAGACAGGUUUCUUCUGCUGUCCCAGAUUCCAAGUGGAUAAUUCUGGGAGUUUGAGCUGUUUUUAGCAUAUGCAUUGAUGUUGCAUGAUUUGGGUCUGUUUCAGGAAUGAGGUAACAUACUCAUUUUGAGAGGUAAAUAUUUUGAGUAAAUGUUUUUAUGGAGUAGUAGAAGGCUUGUGGGUCUUAAAUGAUUAGGUUAGAAACAUAUCACUUAGAGCGAGGGCUGGAGUUGCAAGGAGGAGAAAAUCGGGGGAGAAAACUGCUAUGUAGUCACUCGUAUGCAUUUGUGCAUAUAUAGCUCAGACAAUGUAUGUGUUUCGUAAGUUGAAGUGACUUUGAAGAGAUGUGUGUUGACAUGGCCUUUCUUUAGUUUAGUGAAUUUUGGUAAGGAAUCUAUUAUUUAGCAGAAUAUGAGUACUGAUCAGAGGAAGAGAAUGUAGGCAGCAAGGCUUUAGUAGUUUUUAUGGGAAGAGCAACAUGAAGGUCCGAUUCCUGUAGUCUGAGCUACUUCUGUAUGUUUCCUGACCUCACACCUCUUACUUUUUCCUGCAGGAUUCCCCUAGUCUGCUUGUUACUCCUUUUCUUUUUCUCCCUACCUAGAAUUGCUUUGCUGUUGCUGCAGUGUUCCCUGGAACUUUCCUCCAAAUUGUGAUAUAUUAAGUUUUUUGCUUUGUUUUGUUUGUUUUAUUGUCUUACGUGGGAUAAAGUAUCCUAGUCCCAGUUCAUUCACGUCAGACUUUAAAGUUGAUUCCUGCUAGGCUGUCAAGUGCUAGUGAGCAAAAUUUAAAUUUGGCUGGCUGUGGCUGUGGGAAACACUAGCCCAUUUCAAGCUUGUACUUCUAUAAUCUGCAGUCUGUUACCCUUAAGAGAAAAAUCAUUAAGAGGUUUUCUGUUGACUUAAAUUGUAGGUCAGGCUUUGUGCAGGCUUAUCCAAUUUAAGUCAAAUAUAAUUGUACUGUUUCUCUUUCAAAUGAUGUUCAUGUAUGUUCAAUUUGUUAGUUUUUCAUUGUUCACUGUGUUAGUUGUAUAUAAGUGUUGUUUUCUCAAUAAACUGCAUUGUCAAAAGUGAA